AUGGCUAUUUCUCUCUCCUCCCUCACGUCUUCCUUCUCUUCUCUAUCGUUCUCUUCCCAGAUGUCUCAGACACCAUACAACCUAUGCUUCUCUCGAGCCAAAUCUUUCCCAUUCUGCCUUACUUUCAAAACCCUAGACCUCGUCAUAGCCGCCUCCGGUGCUGCCGUCGCUUCGCCGGUUGAUUUGGAGAAGACAAACCUUGAAAAGUACAUUAAGUCCAGGCUCCCUGGUGGUUUUGCAGCUCAGACAGUAAUUGGAACCGGUCGACGGAAAUGCGCCAUUGCUCGCGUCGUUCUACUGGAAGGAAGUGGCAAAAUUAUUAUCAAUUACCGUGACGCCAAGGAAUAUCUUCAAGGAAAUCCAUUAUGGCUACAAUAUGUCAAAAUCCCAAUGGUAACUUUAGGAUAUGAAAAUAGCUAUGAUGUGUUUGUUAAAGCUCAUGGGGGUGGUCUUUCUGGUCAGUCCCAGGCAAUCUCUCUUGGCAUAGCUCGGGCUUUGUUGAAAGUAAGUGAGAACCACAGAGUGCCUCUUAGAAAGGAAGGCCUUCUAACUAGAGACUCAAGAGUGGUCGAGAGGAAGAAAGCAGGUCUCAAGAAGGCUCGAAAAGCUCCACAGUACUCAAAACGUUGAGGUUGGAACUCAGUAUACUCAUCUUUGUAGAUUUUUUUGGGCCAUGUUUGUUUGGCUACUCAAACAUUUAUUCUCCUUGG